CCCCGCGAGCCCUGGCGCGCGCUCCCGCCGCUGCGCUCGCGGCCCCCGAAUGUUGUGAAUCAAAUGUUUGGUUCGUUCCAUCCCCCCGCUGCCGCCGCGGCGGACAGUUCUUAAAGGGCCAGUUACCCCGGAACAGGGCUCAGGAGGCGGCGGCGGCGGCGGCCCCGGCUGGGGAUCGGCCCGCGGCCCGCUGCCCCCCAGCCCCAACCCCGGGCUCGCUCGGGGUGGGGGGGAAAGGGGGGCUAGGCGGUCGUCGGAGAAAACAAAGAGUCGCCGGAAGAAGCCCGGCGGGGGGGCGGGGGGGCGGGGGUGAGGGGAGGGCGGUAGACAUUGUUCCGCAGGGCGGGGGUUCUUAAAGGGGCCGAGCUGCACCCCCAGCCUCGUUCCGCUCUCGGGCCGGAUCCAGCCGUCCAGGCUCGGGAACAAAGGGAAGCGGCCCCGGGGCUGCAGCCGGGAGGCUGAACGGCCGCUUCGCCUCGCCUCGCUUGGCCUCUCCGUUCCUCAGGUCUGGCCUUUCCUUCUGUUGCACUACUGAGGUCCAGCUCUUUCCCUCCACCUUCCCGACGUCACCAAUGCGACCAUGGGAACUGGUAGUGAAUAGGCGGCCACCCUCAGCCCCCUUCAACCAGCGCCGAUUCGCCGGGGGACCUUGCAGUGCCCCAGCACACCUCAGGAGAAGCCCCCCUGCCCGGCGCCACUGGGGACGACGUGAUCGCCCUUUGCCCAGCUUCUUCACCCAGGAUGAAAGCUUCCUGUCGACGGCAUUCCCCCCCCAGCUGCAGCCUCAGCACCUCUCCAUAGAGGAGCCUCGCGCCUUUGCCCUCGCCAGCACAUCACCCCGAAUGCUCCAUCCGGCUGCCCAGCAGACCCCAUUCAUGGUUGAUCUCCACGACCAGGUGCACCAGGGGGCUGUCCCUCUGUCCUACACAGUCACCACAGUAACAACCCAAGGCUUCCCCCUCCAUACGGGCCAGCAUAUCCCUGGGUGCAACACGCAGCAGCUCCCAGCAUGCUCCGUGAUGUUCAGCGGGCAGCACUACCCGCUCUGCUGCCUCCCACCCCCACUGAUCCAGGCGUGUGCCAUGCAACAGCUCCCCGUCUCCUACCAGGCGUUCCCCCCCCUCAUCUCCAGUGACCAUUAUAUCCUGCAUCCACCACCACCAGGGCCCCCCCACCAAGCCACCCACAUGGCACCACUGGGCCAGUUUGUCCCCCUCCAACCCCAGCACCCUCGAAUGCCCUUGCAGAGGAUAGACAAUGAUGUGGAUCUUCGAGGGGAGCAGCACGCCAUUGGGAGCUUCACGUACCCUGCCUCCCAUCACACCCCAGCCCUCUCCCCUUCUGUCCCCCUGCAUUAUCUCCCUCAUGAGCCCCUGCAUCAGGAACUGCCAUUUGGUGUGCCAUACUCUCAUAUGAUGCCCCGGAGGUUGAGCACCCAGAGAUACCGACUACAGCAGCCUCUGCCCCCACCACCCCCACCACCGCCACCGCCUCCCCCCCCACCAACCUAUUACCCCAGCUUCCUGCCAUACUUCCUCUCGAUGCUUCCCAUGUCCCCAACAGCCGUGGGCCCCACGAUCAGCCUGGACCUAGAUGUGGAUGAUGUGGAGAUGGAGAAUUAUGAGGCAUUACUGAACCUGGCAGAGAGGCUGGGAGAGGCCAAGCCCAGGGGACUCACCAAAGCCGACAUAGAACAACUUCCGUCCUACCGAUUCAACCCUGAGAGCCACCAGUCAGAGCAGACGCUGUGUGUCGUCUGCUUCAGUGACUUUGAGGCCCGGCAGCUUCUCCGAGUCCUCCCUUGUAACCACGAGUUCCAUGCCAAGUGUGUGGACAAAUGGUUAAAGGCAAACAGGACCUGCCCUAUCUGCCGGGCAGAUGCCUCCGAAGUACACCGGGAGGCCGAGUGAGCUCGGUCCCACAGCCCUGGAGGCCCAGAGAAUCUUGGGCACGUGGCCCAGGAGUGGGGGAGGGGCCCAGCUCUGUUACCAUCCCCCCUUGUUCCCCUGGAGCCCCCUCCUUGGAUUGGCUAAGAAGCCGGACAGCGUCAGACCCUGGACUCCCAUCCACUCUGGGCCAGGCCAGGCCACAGCCACCUGUGCCCCCAGAGCGGGGUCUGGGCUCUGGCCAGUCCUGUCCUUGAGGAGAAGAGCUGCUACCCACAUGUUUACCAGCCUCCAAAGACUCCUCCCACCUCUUCCCGCCCACUGCUGCCACUGCCGCCACUGCGGGGCUGCCUCAGUAUUUGAAACUCAGUGGAGUUUCCUGCUUGGGUCUGUCUCAUUUUGCCUCUUGUUUCUCCCCUCCGCUGCCCGGCUCUCCCCUCCCUCCCUCAGGGCAGGACAGGGCAGGACAUCCUCAGAUAUCUGGAGGCUGCUGCCCCUCCCCACCCCUGGCUGGCUUCUCCUUCCCCUUUCCACCAGAGAAGCACCUGGUUUCCUCCCUCCUUUCUUCUUGCAAAGAAUGCAAGAGAUCAUGGAGAAACUGGUGGCCAGAUGGGGCGCUGGCCGCCCCUUCCCCCACCCCCAAGCAUCGACAGACAGGUGUGCUGGUCGGGCCCACAGGGAAUAGGGCCUGAGCUAGUGUGCCAGGGUCAAUGCCACUGGGUUCCUGUCUGCCCCAAUGAACUUUCUUUUGCACUGAAAUGGGGUUGAUUCUGGCCAGCUCUUGCCUGCCUGAUUUCUAUGGACAAGAGAGGAUGGGUUUAGAAAUCUCUUGAUUCUCUCUUGGCCUUGGGGCAGGGCAGUAUUGGAACAGUCAGGGGAACACUUCCCCACUCCCUGCACCAGCCACAGGUCUGGAGGAUUCCCUCCUCCCCCAGUGACCUCCAUCUGUCAUGGCCUUGGGUCUGGAAAGGAGAAGUCUGUUCUCACCCAUCUUCCCACCUCCCCUGGGCCCUUGGGUUGGGGCAGGAAGGUCCUCAACACCUUCCUCACCCCUAGGAAUACCCAGUUGGGAGAUGGGGAAAGGGAGGAGAUGGGUAGGUACAGGAGGGUUGAACAUCAUCUUCAUACCCUCAUCAUCUCCCCAAUGCUACAUUCCAGCCCAUCCUGGCCUCGAAACCCUCCCCCCAGCUCCAGGGCAGUAGAGAAUCCAGGCUGGCUCUGGAGACAGCUGGAAAGAUUGUCCAUCUUGGGGCAACCAACAAACAGCAAAGCACUGUAGUGGAGGGGAGGUCUUCUCCCUCCUCUCAAGGUGAACCAGGGGGAUUUCCCCUCUCCCCAGGAGAAUGGAUGCCCUGGACUUGUCCCUGAAUGGGAAUGGUGCAUGGGGAGGGCUACCCAAUGCAGGGGCCUUGGCAGCUCCUUCUGGAUGUGGAAAAGGGGGUGCAAGGCAGGGGCAGGAGGAGAGACGAGAGCUGUCCCCCAGCUCCCAGAUUCUCCCCAGCCUGUUUGCAUGAUGUGUUAAGCAGCAGUUUGUGUUUUGUUUUGUUUUUUUUUUUUUUCCAAAAUCGUGUGUGGGGUGUUUUUUUGUUUGUUUCUUUGUUUCCCCCCAUUUUUGUUUCUUUUGGGGUUUAAAACAAAAACCAAGUGUUAGCAUUAGUGCAGGGAAGAUGAGGAGGAGGCCCUACCCCUAACCCUGUAACCUGUGUAAAUGUUCACCAAUAACAUGCAUGCGUGUGCGCCCAGGCCAGCCUAACCCAGCCCAGCCAACUGUGGGGCAGGCACGGAACAUGGGGGGCCAGGGCAGGGUGUCUAUGCUCAGCCAAUAACUGCCAUGCAUUGUACUGCACAUGUCCACAGACGCCUGACCAGGACCCAAAGCCGUUCCGGGCAUUUUAUUCUCCUUUUCCCCUCUUUUAACAUAGCCAGGGUGGAGAAAAUGAGGAGUGAAGGUAGAGGUGAGCCAGGCCCUGGGGAGAGAAGGCUCAGUGAUUGAGAUUCAUAGCUCACCAAGAGGCCCUCCUCCCCCAGCAAAAUCAGGCCUGUAGCUCCCAGAAGCCCCAUUGUCAGGAGGGGUGAGAUAGCUCAGCUUCCCUCCAGGGGAAGCAGGGAAGAAAACCCAACUUGCCCCUCUUCUUGGGGUGGGAAAGUAUCUCUCCCCAUUCUGAGGCAGGAGUCUUGUCUCCCUUCUGGCUUAGGGGACCAUCUUUGAGGAACAGCAUGGUGCCUCCAGGGGCUCCCUUUGAUGGGUCCUCCACAGCAGCCAACCCAGCCCCAACCUCAGUCCCACCUCCACCUCCCCCAGCUCACCAGGACACCACCUGCAAAUCAAACUGGGUGUAGGGCCUGGCACAUCCGAGCAGGCUGUUCCCCUCAGCCUCCCCUUCCCCAGGCUCCUGUUGCCUCAGGAAUGGCCCAAACACCGAGUUCUCUUAAACACAGUGGCCCUCCCCCUUGGCCUGGGUGGGGUCCCCAUCUGCUGUGCCCCAGAACUCUCUGGGACCAGCUCCUCUCCUCUCCCUACCCCCACCGCUUGCCACAGAGAACCCAAAGUCUUACUGUAUAUAUUACGCCAGGUGACAUUUCUAUAUUUAUAGCCAACAGUGUUGAGAAACCCAUCUGUUUCACUUCUCCCCCCCGACCCCCACCCUGGACCCUGAAAGGUGAGCCUCUCACGGAGUCUAACCCACCCACCCCUUCCCUGCCCCCUUACGGUUCCCUGGCAGGCGGAUCGAAAGGCUCACAGCUCCUGGGCUGCAGAAUUUAUCCUGAUGAGCAGCUAGAAAAACAAAACAAACAAAAAAAACUUAAAAAGAGAUCCUUGAAAAAGAGAAAAAAAAAAAAAAGAAAAACCAAUAUUUAGGAUGUUUGUGAUUUGCUGACCGCGCUGUAGAUGCCACUGUUACCAAUGAUUUCCUGUGGUGGGGAUGGUGCAUUGUUUACUGUUUUUAAGUUCUCGCACCCCUGGGCCUGGCGGCUGAGGGCCAGCCCCUCUGCCCAUCCGCCCCGCCUAGGGCCCGUGUUCUGUGUUAGAAAGUUUUUAUAUAUAUAUAUAAAUACCUAUAUAUAUAUAUAAAUAUAUAUAUAUAUAAUUUUUUUUGGCUCUGUUACUUGCACAUUUUACAGUUACCUCAUUUUCCCCAUGUAUGUAUUUGAAAAAAAAUGCUAAUAUAUAGAGAAAAAAAUGGUUCUUAAAAGCUCUAAACGUGUGGUUUCGAUUUUGUUCUCUUCCAUUCCAUUGGACCCAUCCUGGUUUGUAGCAUUUACCAUAACUAGUAUGUUGUAUUAUAUAUGUGGAUACUGAUUGAAAUUUUUAACAGAUUUGUACUUUUUUUAAAAGGAAAGUUGCUAGUUCUGCUUGACCAAGUAGUGCAAUCAUUAUUUUUUUUAAUGUUGUGGCUGAUUUAACAGGGAUAUUCACUAAUAAAUGUAUGAUGUAUACCAAUACAGA